GAGAUCAAUGGCAAGUGCACCCUCACUAAGCAAAGCGCCGUCACUUGGGUGGCCGACAAAGAUGGUGCUGCAAAUAGCGCACUCUCGUUUCCGAUGGGCUCCAACAGCUGCGCCUACUGUGAUUCUGUGGCCGGCUUGCCUAGUGGCUCGGAACCCCGGACAAUGAUGAUGUGGAUCUACGUUGACUCGGCCACGCGGAACAACAUCGGGGUGGGUGGAUACGGAAUAAACAGUCGUGGACAAAGCUUCGCCAUGGCGCUGCGAGGGAGCCAUCAGUGGACCUUUGAAGGGUGGGGCCCAACGCCAAAAAGUAGUGAGAGGGCGACAUUCGACAAGUGGAUGCACCUGACCUAUACCUACGACGGUAGCAAGGGCAAGUUCUUCUUCGACGGAGAGUACAAGGCGCAGGUCAGUGUUGGAUCCCUGAAGACACCAACCUCGCCGAGAGUUGUUUUGGGAUGCGAGGUUGACAUUAACGAAGGCAUCAAGGCCAAAAUGGCCGACAUGAGAAUCUACAACACUGUCCUGAGCGAUGCAGAUAUCGCCAAGGCCGCAGGUGAAUGA